AUGUGCAAUGCUCUCUACAACGCACGCUCUGAGGCUGAAAGAGCACAGGCGCACCAGACACUCCUACCAUUGGUGCAGAAUCCACAGUGCAUGCCGCAGCUGCAGUUUGUUCUGGCGCAUACCAGCAGUCCGCAUGCUUUGAUCUUCGCGGCAACAGGCUUGAUGAAGCUGAUCACGUCGCACUGGACGUCCGUUUCCGACCACCAGAAGGAAGAGAUGAGGAGCUUUCUCCUUGACUACUUAGCAAAAAACGGCCCCGACCUUUAUCGGAGCGCGCCCAUGGGUGUGUCGCCCGUGGUGAGGCUGCUUUGCAGA